GCCCCCAUGCCCCCUCCCUGCUGCAGUGGGUUGCCAGGCAGGGCUCUAGAAUGCCUGGGUUCUGUGAUGCAGUGCUGGAGACCAGGACCUCAGUGGCGCUGCGUGGCUCUGACCCAUCUGUCCACACUGCCCAAACCAGUCCUGAAGAGGCUCAGAGGGGGCAACCUUGCCCCUGCACUUUCCCCACGGCUUGCAGGGGGUGACCCUUGCAUGAGACCAGAGCUGUCCCCUGCCCGCCAAGAGAUGAGCAGGGGCUGCCCACCCCCAGGGCCCCACCUGGCUCUGCUCGGCCUUCUCCUGGCACUGAAUCCUGGGUGUGCUGGUGACAAAGGGAUCUCCAACUUCUUCAAACCACUGACCUGCAGCCAGUUGCCUGCCCUGCGCAAGACAUGCGGGGGCAAAGCAGAGAGCUUCUACCCCAAGCAGUGUCUGCAACAGAAGUGCUGCCACUACAAUGGAACCUGCUAUCACCAUGUUAUCGAUGGAGUCCAGCAGCGCCGCAAUGCUGGGAUCCUGGGUGGGAGCUGUGCUGGGGCUGCGCUGCUGUUCUUGUCCAUCUUCAUUGGCUGCAAACUGAAGGGCUCACAGGCAAAAGAAAAGCCCAGCUCAGAAUGGAAGGACAGGGACAUGGCCGAUUUCCUCAUGAAACUGAUGGACAAAAGCGACGACAGCGACGAGGAAGAGGAGGAACAAGUACAGAAAAGACUGCAGGAGACAGAGUAGGGGAGCUGCUGCUCCUGCUGGAGCAGCCCCAGCCUCCCAAUAAAGCUCUAAUAUUUUCCAUCCAG